UUUAAGCUAAUUUGUUUUCUGCAUUAGCUGUAGCAGCUUUAUUUUGAAAUGCUUUGACGGUUCCUCCCAGUAGCAGCAGCAGCAGGUGCCAGGUAGCUGCCAGUGUCGUGACAUUUCCCCCACGUGACUCCCUUUGGCUGGGGGGUAAAAGGGGGGCGGUUUACUGAGCAGCUAUUUUGAAAGUGACCCUUCAUUCAGGCAGCGCCUCUGCAGCUGUCAGGAACCAUGACUGAAGAUGACGGAUUCUGUUGUUGUGGAGGGAUACGCGAGACUCCGAGACGGGAAAAAGUGGAAAACCAGGUGGCUCGUAUUUAGGAAGCCGUCGCCUGUCGCAGACUGUCUCGUUUUGGUGGUGUUUAAAGACAAAUCGGACAAAGUUCAGGGUAACAAGGAGAAGGCGAGCGUCACGUUGGAGGAGAUCUGCGGCCUGGAGCCUGGACCGUGGUACGAGGGUGUAGCCUUUACUCUGGUCCUCCUCUGCCUGAAUCAGGCUGCUCUGCUGGGCUUCGACAGCAGGGAGGCAUUGCAGGCCUGGGAUGUCCGUCUCCGGUACAGCCUGGGAGAAGUUCACAGAUUCAGUGUUGGAGUUUUACCAGGGACCAAGUUAGAGAGAGGAGAUGCAACUCUUCAUCUGUGUAACAACCUUCUGGCCCUCUCCCGGGACUUCCCUCCCGUCAUCAUCGGCCACUGGAACCUGCCGGACCUACGCCGAUACGGACCGGUGCCAAAUGGAUUUGUGUUCGAAGGUGGAACAAGAUGUGGUUACUGGGCUGGUGUUUUUCUGUUGGCUUCUGCAGAGAGCGAGCAAAUCAGCUUUCUGUUCGACUGCAUCGUCAGAGGCGUCUCUCCUAGCAGAGGCCCGUUUGGACUGCAGCCUGUUUUGCCAGAGCUUAGCUGCAGUCAGACAGAUUCAGAGGAGAAGCUGAUCCAUGAAACCCAGGAGCUGGAGAAGAGACUGAGCAUGCUUUCUCGUGGAAGCAGCACAGUUUCGUCCACAUACUACCCAUUUGCUGGGGGAGAUGACCGCAGCAUCUCUGGCUCUUCUGACACUUCAGACACCAGCCAGUCAGACUGCAGCAUCGGCAGCCGGUUGACCAUUUGGACCGAAUGUGCUUCAAACCCUCCCCUAAACGUCAGCCACGUGGGCGCCAAAGCCACGCUACAGAUUGUGGAUAAGCUCUCCACCAACCAGGGAGGAGGGAGCCGACUUUCAGCCAAUCCACCCCGGCAGCUUCUGGAAAUCGGCCGUCAGAGUUCAUCAGAUAGCGGCAUCGCUACUGGCAGCCAUUCCUCGUGCACCGGCAGCUUCUCCUCAUACACAGGCAGCCUGGACAUGGCCCCUGCAGAGGACUUUGGGUCUGCUUUCAUCCCGCCCUCCCACUUGGCUCAAGACCUGAGCCCAUGCACAUGCCCCCCUACUGUUCCUGGAAAUGAUUACCAUGUGCCAAUGUCGCUUCUGUAUCUCUAUGACACCCCCAGGAGUGUGAUACAGGAUGCAGGCGGGGGUAUCGCUGACAAUGAGCCCUCCGCCUCUACUCAAAACACUCCUGUCUCUUCAGACCUCACAGCAGAGCCAAAUAAACAGGGUAUAAGUGAAGAAACAACCUCUGAGAAGACCUCAGAUCAAACUGACUCUGUAGACUCACAAGGCCUCCCAGAGGACAGGAAAGCAAAAGUGGCGCCCUCUAGUGACUCCUGUCAGACCUGCAGUUCUCUCACUUCUGCCUCCAAGACCGUAGUGACCAUGUGCUCAGCAUGUGGAGGGUUUAAGAGAAUGCCUUUCAUCUAUGUGAGCUCUUCGGUGACACCAACCACGCCAGUGAAGAAACCUCAGGAGAAGUCUUGGACCUCUCCUGGGAACAGCACCAAGCCACUGAGGCUGAAGAUGGGCGAGAAGCCGCUGCCAAGAAGAGAAGAGAGGAAACUAGCCAGUCUGUUAUCUGAUCUGCUCAGAAGCACAGGCGGGCAGCCAGAGCCGAAGGCCCGUAGACCCAACCUGUAUGAGUUGAUGAGCCCCGCUUUGGGAAACGAGCUCCAUUUGGCACCAGCUGGACCAUUACGUGACUCUCCACCGGACAAAGGUGCUGUCAUUUAUGAAAAGUGUUUCAAGUGUCGGGGAGAGUGCUGCCAUCCUCCUGCUAAACAGUACCAGAGCAGACAUGUUCUCUGCUCUCAAACCUCCCCGGCGGGACCACGCCUGAAGAGAAGCCAAGAUGAUGAUGAAGAAGAGUCGCUCUAUCAGCUUCUCAGAGAUGCCGAAGGGCAGAGUCAGUAUAGAGAGAUAAAUGAGUCAACGGAGGAGGAAGACAAAAAACUUAAAACUAAAGAGGAAAACCACCAAGCCAGUCCUGCUUAUGAGAUCAUGGAGAGUCGAAUCCCAGAGAGAAACUCAGAGGCAGAAGAGCGAAGCAGAUGUGAGCCGAUGGGCAUCUGUGGCCAGCAGAGCUUUCCUCAAGAGGCUGAAGGGUUGAUGUUCGUUUUCCCUCCCGAGGCUCCACUUCCCGAGAAACCCCGGAGUGAAAGUGCGACAUACGUAAAUAUCCCCAUCAGUCCCACAUCAAAGAAACAGCUGAACUACAUGGAGCUGGAGCUGCAGGAGCCGACGCACGGCGGCAGAGGGGCCGCCACACAUCCCUCAAAUCAGAGAAAGAGCUCCACCAAGUACGCUCAGAUUGACAUCACCGCCACAGAGACGGCCCACAAAGUUGGUGCCCAGCACGCUCUGGGUCGGCAGGAGGGGCUCCACACUCUGGAGCUGAGGAGAAAAGGAACACCUCACUGACGCCACCCAAACACCAGCCUGAAGCAUCAGAUGGUGACUUUAGGAGCUGUUGAAUCAACGAGCGGCUUGAGGGUUGAGCUUUUGGAGCAGUGAUACGUCUUUCUGAACUUGAGUGCUUCAUUAAAUGUAAUCAUGUCAACCAGAAGAGCUCAGAGCAGCUCAGAGCUGAGUCACAGCCUAUAAAAACCCUCUGAGCGGCGACAUUUCAGCUCCGUCCGUCCCUCAAAGCACGCAAUACUCCGAUUUCUGUCAUCAUGUCACUAACCAGCAGUAAGACAGGGAGCAGGGAUCAGUUGGAAAUAAGUAUUAAUUCCAUGUAUACAAACCUCUUUGAAUGUAUUCAAAUUUAGAGAAACAGCAUCCAGUCAGACUGGAAAUAUAACGCAGAGAGACGGGUUUAAUGUCUGAUCGCCUGUUGAAUCCUUUAUCAACACUAAUCAUUAAAACACUUGAGGCUAUUGCUUUUAAACUGGUUUCAGUGGUUCCUGAGCUAGAAAUGUGAGCAUCUUCAAAUGGGACAGCACUCUACUGCCCUCUGCUGACCAGGAACUGCACUAAACCACUUGGGUGGUUCGGGUAGGAGAGGUCUCUACCUGUUUACUAGCUUAUUUAUGCCAGUAGCUAAUAUAAAGGCUAGCAGUUAGCUUUUUCCAUCCACCGACGUUCAAUAGAAAGCUAAAGAAGAAGAAAGAAUGAGCUUUGUUGUUGGCGUCAUGGCAGAGCCUGGAAGUAAGGCGGAGCAAAGAAAGCUUGAACUAGACAAAGAGGUAAAGCCAUGUAAGCACGGGUGCGGCCUACACUUGUUGGUUUCAGCUUCAAACCAGCUAGAAAAAAUAGGGAAGUUCAUUUUCCGCCUUUGUUUCUGAGGACAAUAAGCAUACAUUCAUUAACGAUAAAUACGACAUUGUUAUUUGCAAAGCCUGCGGCAGGAUUGUUUACCGGCCAGUUGUAAUUCUGCUCUCAAGCAGUAGGGGGAGGGACUAAUUGUUACAAACAAGUUCUGCAUCCUAGCCUGGCCAGCCACUCUGUUUAAUUCUGCACAGAGACUGAGUCUGGUAACUCUCGGCAAAGAGCACCAUGAGAGGCGGUACUAGCCAGCUCAAAAAUAACCAAUCAGAAAAAAGUCGGAAAUGACGGCUAUAUCGCGCAACGCUGUAGUUUAUUUUUUUACCGGUAGUAAGAUGUAAUGACGAUGAGGUCCUGCCCUAAGUGGAGGAGUUUAAGUAUCUCGGGGUCUUGUUCACGAGUGAGGGAAAACUGGAGUGUGAGAUCGAUAGGCGGGUUGGUGCUGCAUCUGCUGUGAUGCAGGCGUUGUACCGGUCUGUUGUGGUGAAGAGAGAGCUGAGUCAGAAGGCGACGCUCUCGAUUUGCCGGUCGAUCUACGUUCCUACCCUCGCCUAUGGUCACGAGCUUUGGGUAGUGACCGAAAGAACGAGAUCGCGGAUUCAAGCGGCCAAAAUGAGUUUUCUCCGCUGAGCGGCUGGGCUCUCUCUUAGAGAUGGGGUGAGAAGCUCAGUCAUCCGGGAGGGGCUCGGAGUAGACCCGCUGCUCCUCCACAUCGAGAGGAGCCAGUUGAGGUGGCUCGGGCAUUUGGUCAGGAUGCCUCCUGGACGCCUCCCUGGUGAGGUUUUCCGGGCACGUCCAACCGGGAGGAGACCUAAAGGAAGACCCAGGACACGGUGGAGGGACUAUGUCUCUCACCUGGUCAGGGAACACAUUGGGAUUCUGCGGGAGGAGCUGGCCCAAGUGGCUGGGGAGAGGGAAGUCUGGUCCUCUCGCCUUAGGCUACUGCCCCCGCGACCCAACUCCAGAUAAGCGGAUGAAAAUGGAUGGAUGGAAUGGAUGGACGGUAAUAAGAUGACGUCCGGCGUACACGUAAAUAAUAGUUGUCGUCUUUGUAGUAAAAAUGUAAGAACCCACAGAGUUAUAAGCAAUUCUCUUUUAAUAUUUGAACGAAAACUACAAGACAGGACAGUUUCCGACAGAUGUGCGUGUUUGGGAUUAAAUUUAAGCCAAGAAUGAUUAAGGUCGGUGCGUAUUUGUAGAACAUGUGCAAACGUCAGUCUCUGUGCAGAAUUAAACCGAGAGAGUCUGGCUGGCCAGGCUAGCUGCAUCCUGGAUUUGGGUUUAUUCUUCACCUCUAGUGCAAAGCUGAGAGGAAUCGUCUCUGAAACUGAAGAUUUCCUUUCAGAAUUUAUUUAUAUACCCAGAAACAUUAUUUAUUAUUAUAUUAUUAUUCAUUUCAUUAUGUGUGUGCACAUAACCAAAGUGAUACAAAAGUUGUUUUUUUCCUCAUAAUCUUCUGAUUUGAUUUUUUAAUUUAUUAGCAGUUGUGUUUUUACUUGGAGAGCGUUUUUAAUAAAACAGGUGUACAGAUGUAGCAUGAUAUCUGGCAUUUAAAGAGCAUCAUUUCUAUAAGGAUGCACUAUUUCUUUGUAUCAUUAUUACAUAUUAUACACAGCAACUCCUGGGAUAAAUGUUUGAACAUAUAAAAAGUUCAACUCAAAGGUAGAGAAAACAUCCUGAAGAGAGGAACCCGUUACAGACGAGUCAACGUUAAAACCGAUUUUAUGAAGCAGUUUCUGUGUUGUGAUGCUCUAAUUGUGUUUAGCUUUAAUCUGUUUAAAAUUGAACUUGUUUUGAAGCAUUUGUGUAAAGGUUACAGGUAAUUAUCAGCUUUGUGAACAGCCUAUGUUUGGAGAAAUUGUUUAAAUCACCACCAGGAGCUACAUGUCACUUGUUUUUUACUGAAUCCAGGUGUCAGUUCUGGCAAGAAUUUCUUCAAUUUGUCAGAAUAAUUGUUGGAAGUGAAAUGGUAUUCAUAGAAUAACUAGCCGUUAGCAUGUUAGUCAUUUCUUCUCAGAGGCUGUUCUAGAAAAUGGCAAGAUAACUUUUCUACAACUCUUCAGACAGUCAGAGUAUUGCUUUAAUAACGUGUUUUUUCAUUAAGAGAUUUGCAGUCAGAAAAUUGUAAUGGAGUCGUUUCCUAAUAAAGUUGUACAUUUUAAAUAAAAUAGAACGACGUGAAACCAAA